AAUUUGCUUUCCUUAUUUUCCACCCCUUAUAUAUAUAUAUAUAUAUAUAUAUAUAUAUAUAUAUAUAUAUAUAUAUAAGCCCCCUCGAUCCCUCGCCCUCAACCCCCACCCACUACCGGCGGGAAUUGCAGAGAGAGUAGUCCGGCAAGUUCCACCGGUUUACAGGUUCUGUGAAGCAUUGUGAGAGAUACAACAUCUGAUACCAAACCAUGACUUGCACUUCAGUCAGCAUUUCAAGCUCCCAAGUAGCUGCAGCUGUAAAAGAUGCAUUACAAGAAGGAAAGGGAAAGGGUCUUUCCCGCUCGCACUCUGCAAAGGACCUUAGCAAACAAACUGGUCUUCGAAGGUCGUGUUCAGAUCACAACCUUUCCCUGCACACCACUCGAAUUCGUGCUGCAUCAGCACAGCCAAAAUUGAAGAGCAGCCGCUCGACUGGGAUCUUGCCAUUCCACUUGUCUGGUUCAGUCCUCCCGAGCUCACUUCGAUCAUUUCUGUCCGAUCCUGAUGCAAGCAAGGAAAUGGAGUUAGUGGAGAACUUGGUGAAGACUAGGAAUGAACCAGCAGUGAUGGAGAAGGGGAAGCAAGCAAACUGGGUUGAGAGGAUUGUGGAAAUUAGGAGACAAUGGAGCAACAGACAGCGGGCUGAGAACAUAGAGAAUGAAGACGAUGGUCGCGAUGGAGGUUGCAAAGUGGAUUAUGGUUCUGAAGAAGAAGAUGGUGAUGGAGGAAGGGGAGGGGUGAGUUUUGACCACGAAUCGUUUUCAAGAUUCUUGGUUCAAGUACCUUGGACCGAUACCAAGGUUUUCGCUAAACUGGCUUUCCUGUGCAACAUGGCUUAUGUAAUCCCGGAGAUCAAGGAUAAGGAUUUAAGAAGAUACUACGGCCUGCGGUUCGUAACUUCUUCCAUUGAGAAGAAAGCAGUGGCCGCUGUAAAAGCAAAACUCAAUUGUAACUCCACCCAGUUACCCGUAGCAGCUCCUGCUUCCAGUUUGGAGAAUUGCAUGAGCACGGAGAAGAAAAAACGCCCGUUCCAUCCCGUGGCUUAUGAAAUUGCUGCUUCUGCUGCAUGUUAUGUCAAGUCCUGUGCCAAGGACUUCUUAUACCUCGGGUCUGAACCACAGAAAGAGAGUGAGAAUUCGGAUUCACAUGGUGGCGAGGACUGCCCACAAGAGGGGAGAGGGAGCUCUACUUUGCAAGCAAGUACCUCAAAGGUAGCUGCAUGUGUGACUGCAUCAACAAUGACGGCAGUGGUAGCUGCAGGGGAGAAGGAAAAGCAGGAGACAGCAAAAGACCUCCAAUCGCUCCACUCUUCACCUUGUGAAUGGUUUGUUUGCGAUGAUCUAGGAACAUGCACCCGCUGCUUCGUCAUCCAGGGAUCAGAUUCACUGGCAUCUUGGCAGGCAAAUCUACUAUUUGAACCCACCAAAUUUGAGGGGAUGGAAAUGCAUGUUCAUAGAGGAAUUUAUGAAGCUGCUAAAGGUAUAUAUGAGCAAUUCAUGCCAGAAAUUAUGGAUCAUUUGAAUAGAUAUGGGGAACGAGCAAAGCUUCAAUUCACCGGCCACUCCCUAGGGGGUAGUCUUUCCCUUUUGGUGAACUUGAUGCUGCUAGCCAGGAAAGUUGUCAACCCCUCCAGUCUUCUUCCUGUUGUGACCUUUGGUUCACCAAAUGUGUUCUGUGGAGGGCGAAAGAUCCUUGAGAAGCUAGGGCUACAUGAAAAUUGUGUCCAUUGCGUGAUGAUGCAUAGAGAUAUCGUCCCAAGAGCAUUCUCCUGCAACUACCCUAACCACAUCGCACAAGUCCUCAAAAAAUUGAAUAGCUCUUUCCGAUCGCAUCCUUGCCUAAAUAAAAAGAAACUGUUGUAUGAUCCAUUGGGAAAAGUAUUCAUUCUCCAACCAGAUGAGAAGUCAUCUCCCCCCCACCCUUUACUACCGCCAGGGAAUGCACUCUAUGCCUUGGACAAGCUCCAAGGCAGAUCUCCUGCAUCCGCCCUCAAGGCCUUCCUCAAUUGUCCCCAUCCACUUGAAACGUUAAGUGAUCCAACAGCCUAUGGCUCAGAAGGAACAAUCCUCAGAGACCAUGACUCAAGCAACUACAUGAAGGCAGUGAAUGGGAUUAUAAGGUUACAUUCAAAGGAGGUUGUUCGGAAAGUCAGAAAACAGAGGAACCUUCUGUGGCCGCUACUAACUUCGCCAUCUCCGCAUGCAUGGAGAGACGGUAGCAAUUUGGAGAACGCAAGGUCGGUGACUAAAGAAAUCAUGACCAGUGUCUGAAAUUUUGGGGCUUUCCUAAAACACAUAUAAUGUUCCACACCCAACACUGAAUCUGGGGUUGGUUCGUAUACAUUUCAAGUGCAUUUGCUUCCAACUCCUUGGCUGUCAUAUCUUAAUAUACCAUUUUGGCAGUAAACAAAAUGUUAAUUUCAGUC